AUGCGGCAGCAAGUUUCGUCAAACGCAUCUGAUUUAACUCGAGUAUCUCAUCCGGCGGGUGCAGAUGACUUUACCGAAAUACCAAGACAACUACAAUCGGGAUUUUCUUCCAGUGCAAUUGGCUCUACAGGAGCAGUCGCAAACUCCAUUGAUGAACAAGAAUGUUUGACACUCGGGAAGACACGUAAGACUUCACAUGCACAGAAACCGUUGGCUUCAUUUACUUGGAUUCCCACACUAUCGACUUCAUUUAGCCAUAGAUUUUUGACAGUCAGUAAUGAUGGUGUUAUUGCAACACUAAGGCAAGAAGAAGCUCCUCCAAUCGCAUUUGGUGCUCGCGGAAAUUAUGUAGCGUAUAUUGGCGGACACCUUAGAACAUUUGAUGUGAGCAAGAAAAAUGAAGAAGAGUCUAGCAGUGAGGAGACAGCGAUAGAUAAAAGGCGACAAUCCCCAGCAAUGACCUCAAAGUCCGAAAUACUUAGAUAUGGUCCGAACACUGUUGAGAAUGCAAGCGGAGGAAGGACUCCUCGGCCUGGGGAGACAACCACUAGAGAUAUGGAUCACUUGCAGAAUAGAUUAAGUGGCGUAGCAUCAAAGCUUGUGAUUGAGGAAAGCUUUGGUCAGCAAUAUGAGAUGGAUUCCUCUGAACCAGCCUUAUCUAUGCAACUACUUAAAGAAGAUAUUUCCGUUGUUAUGAGAGAGCGAGCGCAGAAAGGGUAUUCUAUGACCUGUCACGACAAUAUUGCUCUGUUGGCAAAUUUCCCGGAGCUGGUGGAUUUGUGGACUUGGAUAAGCGAGGCGGAAUCUUUUUUCGAUAGUAGCGGAUCCACGAUAAAUAGUCGAGAUUUUAGUUUCCAAGGAGUAAACACAGUGUGGAAAGAUUCAUGGGAAAAUUUUAGUAGAAACCUAUUAUCGCACCCAAAUCAGAGAAACUCUUACGAUGAUCCCAAUGAUUUGAUAAUCAUAAAAUCGCUCAAACCACUACAAAGACGCUUCUGUCUCAAGAAAUGUGGAUGGGGAUUCAACAAGAGGAUGCUUGACGAUACACUCCAAAGAAUGGAGCAUGCUGGAAAAUAUGAAAAGGCCGCUGCCUGGGCAUUGUUUCAUGGUGACAAAAACAGAGCUAUCUCAGCACUCAGUAAUAGUGGCGACCAGCAAUUGAAACUAGUAUCGACAGUCAUAGCAGGAGUUUUGUCAUACAAUCAAGAUUUGCAAUCUGAAAUGCAUUCUCACUGGCUCGAAAUGUGUCAUAGCAUGAGUCGGGAACUUCAAGAGCCAUAUGUACGUGCGAUGUUUUCUUACAUAACCACCAGUAGCUGGAAAUCUGUCCUUCAAGAGGACGAAUUACCAUUGAGAGAUCGUCUUGGAAUUGCAUUAAAAUUUUUGAGUGAUGAUGAGCUUACGGCCUAUUUACAAGAUACGACCGAUAAAUUUGUCGAGUCGGGAAACAUAAGCGGAGUAGUACUAACAGGGUUAACACGAGAUGGCGUUGAUCUUUUUGCUAAUUACAUAAAUAAGACUGGCGAUAUACAGACAGCCAGUUUAGCUCUGAGUUUCUGUGGGCUCAAUCGAUUGAAUGAUAAUCGAGUAAAAGAAUGGAUUGAAAGCUAUCGCACAUUAUUAGACAAAUGGGAAAUGUUCCAUGUUAGAGCAAACUUUGAUAUUGCACGUGGGAAAACCAUGGCGCGAAGUGAGCUGGUCAGUUCGAAAUUAGCACCAGAUCAAGUUUUUGUUACAUGCAACUAUUGUUCUCAAAGCAUUGCCCAAGAGACGCGAAAUGAAGAUCGAGAUGGCAGAUUGUUAACUACAGCCAGCAACGGUAUUUCUCUAGCCAGACAGAAGAUUAAUUGCUGCAGAUCGUGCCGUAAACCCCUUCCUCGAUGUGCCAUAUGUCUAUUGAACCUUGGUACUCCGAUAGACUCCGUGCGGGAUGCAAUGGAAUCUGCCGGUCUUGUCCCUGCUUCCGUUGACAGACCAUUCGGGUUUGAUCUUUGGUUUACUUGGUGUCAGACAUGUCGUCACGGAGGGCAUGCUAUUCAUAUGCUACAAUGGUUCGAGAGCCAUAAGCAAUGCCCGAAUGCUAUCUAG